AUGGCUAUCGAAUAUGCACGCUUCAUGGAUGAGUAUCUCAAGUGCGGACACAUGCAGUUACUGACCGACUCGAAGCUCUAUGAGUCGUUGGGCCCAAUCUGGAUGGAAAAUCAUGACGUAGACCUCCAGCGUAUCUUGUGGAGCACUGAUAACUCCAACCCACCGAAGCACUAUCAGUUGCUCACUGUGACUUACGGCGAAGCUAGUGCUCCCUAUCUCUCCCCACAGACGAUUUCACAGCUUUUCGAGGAUAAAGGCCAUGCUUGGUUCGAGGCCGUGCCUAUCGUUAAACAAGAUCAAUACGUCGAUGAUAUUCUCUCUGGUGCUGACAACGUUGAGACGGCUCGAAUCCACCGCGACCAGCUGAUCGGCUUGUCGCAAGCUAGAGGCUUCCCUCUGAAGAAGUGGGUGGCUAAUGAUCCGGAGCUGUUUUGUGACCUCUCUCCAGAUGCCCCACUGAGGCCAGCCUGGCAGCGGCUUAACAUAGACGGUCUUGUCAGCGAAUUCGGCGGAAGAUGGGACCCGAUCGACGAUCGCUUUUACCUUACACCACCUACCCUACAUCCACAGCUGACGAAGCGCGCAAUGCUCGCUGUUCUAGCACGACUCUUCGAUCCUUGUGGAUGGAUCGCGCCCGUCGUCUUAGCUGCAAAAUUGUUCAUUCAGGAUCUCUGGCAAGCAUGUCUCGAAUGGGAUGAGCCCGUGCCUGCAGCCAUGGCUCAACGCUGGAGCGGAUUCCUGGUUCAACUGCAAAAUGUCUCCAAAGUUGCUAUUCCUCGCUGGAUUGGCUGCAGCCUCUCCACUAGCCUGCAACUCCACGCAUUCGCAGACGCGAUGGCUGCUGUUGUGUACUUGGGCGCUGAGAGACUACCCAGCGGUGUUUGUGUGCGUAUCUUGAUAUUCAAGACCGAGCUAACCUCCAUCAAAAGUUUGCAGCCAGAUUCCACCAGUCCCAUAGGUAUGACGAUCCCUAGAUUGGAGCUACGAGCGGCACUGCUCGCAGCGAGGCUGCUACGCAUGGUCCUUGAGGAAUGCGCUGUAAGUAUUGAACACCGUCACACCUGGAGCGACUUCCAGAUAGUGCUUCACUGUCUCCGAUCGUCAGAGCCGACGAACAACGCGUUGAUUGACAAUCACGUGGCUCACAUUCAAGAGCUUCUGCCAUCCCACGUUUGGGGACAUGUUCCGACGGCCUCUAAUCCAGCGGAUAUGGCGUCCUGA